UGAGAAGUGAAGAGGUCCAAGGACUGAGCCUGGACACUAUGGUGUUUAUAGAGAUCAGGGAGACCAGGAGGAGGUAGCAAGGGAGACUGAAGAGUGAUUGAUGAGGUAGGAAGAAAACCAAGAGCACCCUGGAAAUCAAGUGAAGAAAGUGUUUUAAGGAUGAGGGCGUGAUAAACUGUGUCAUAUGCUGCUGACAGAAGUAAGAUUUAUGGUCUCCAUCAUGUCUGGAGCCAGCAGUAAGCUUGCUCUUUUCCUCUUCGGCUGUUACGUGGCUGCCCUGGGAGCACACACCGGGAAGCAUCGCGUGGCUGAGCAUCGCAUGGCUGAACAUCACGUGGCUGAAUAUUACGUGGCUGCCGUGUACGAGCACCAGUCGAUCUUGAGUCCAGACCCUCUAGCUCUCACCUCCCGAAAGCAGGCCUUGGAGCUAAUGAACCAGAACCUCGACAUCUAUGAACAGCAAGUGAUGGCUGCAGCCCAGAAGGGUGUACAGAUUAUAGUGUUUCCAGAAGAUGGCAUUCAUGGAUUCAACUUUACAAGAACAUCCAUAUACCCAUUUUUGGACUUCAUGCCGUCUCCCCGGUUGGUGAGGUGGAACCCAUGCCUGGAGCCUCACCGGUUCAAUGACACGGAGGUCCUCCAGCGCCUGAGUUGUAUGGCCCUCAGGGGAGAGAUGUUCCUGGUGGCCAAUCUCGGCACGAAGCAGCCUUGUCAUAGCAGUGACCCAGGGUGCCCAAAUGAUGGGAGAUACCAGUUUAACACAAAUGUUGUGUUCAGCAGUAAUGGAACCCUUGUUGACCGCUACCGCAAACACAACCUGUACUUUGAGGCCGCUUUUGAUACCCCUCCCAAAGUGGAUUACAUCACCUUUGAUACCCCCUUUGCUGGCAAGUUUGGCAUCUUCACUUGCUUUGACAUAUUGUUCUUUGAGCCUGGCAUCAGCCUCCUCAGAGACUUCAAGGUGAAGCACAUUGUGCACCCAACUGCCUGGAUGAACCAGCUCCCACUGUUGGCAGCUAUUCAGAUUCAACACGGCUUUGCCAUUGCCCUUGGCAUCAACAUGCUGGCAGCUAACAUCCACCACCCAUCUCUGGGGAUGACGGGGAGUGGCAUACACACCCCUCUGCAGUCCUUUUGGCACCAUGACAUGGAAAACCCCAGAGGUCACCUUAUAGUUGCCCAGGUAGCUAAAAAUCCACUGGGUCUCAUUGGUACAGAGAAUGCAACAGGUAAAAUGGGCCCAUCUCAUGCUAAGUUUUUAAAAAUCUUGGCAGGUGAUCCAUACUGUGAGAAGGAUGCUCACGAAGUCCAUUGCGAAGGAGCUGCCAAGUGGAACAUGGACGCUCUUCCCUUGUUUCACUCUGAGAUGAUGUAUGACAAUUUCACCCUGGUCCCUGUGUGGGGAAAGGAAGGCCAUCUCCGAGUGUGUGCAAAUGGCCUCUGCUGUUAUUUACUUUACCAGAGGCCUGACCUGUCCACAGAGCUGUAUGCCCUGGGGGUCUUUGAUGGUCUUCACACAGUGCAUGGCACUUACUACGUUCAAGUUUGUGCCCUGGUCAAGUGUGGGGGGCUUGGUCUUGAUACAUGUGGGCAGGAGAUCACAGAGGCCACGGGGAAAUUUGAGUUUCACCUGUGGGGGAACUUCUCUACUUCCUAUAUCUUUCCUCUGUUUCUGACCUCAGGGAUGACUCUGGAAAUCCCUGACCAGAUGGGCUGGGAGAAUGACCACUAUUUCAUGAGGAAGAGUGGGCUGUCCUCAGGCCUGGUGACGGCAGCUCUCUACGGGCGGUUGUAUGACAGGGACUAGGGGAAAUGUGUAGGGUGGGCGCUGGCUGCCACGUGAUCAGCCUCCACUUCCACAGGCCAAUGGUCACAAGCACUGUGACCACCUCUCUACCCUAAGGUUGGAAACCACUUCUAUGGCACCAGAUCCCACCCUGGGAACUAUGGGAAGAAGUAGGAGAUGCAGAUUCCCUCAGCGUCUCUUCCUCUUAAGUAUGAAUUACUGAUACAUGUUCUGGUAUUUUCUACUCACGUUUGUCUUUUUCAGGCCACAUCUUCCUCCAACAAACUCUCAGUACACAAUUGGUUUUAAGAGCUCAAACAAAAAUAAAUGUCAAUUUAUAGUUUACACAUCCA